AUGUUCCUGCUGCGACUGCUGGCGUCGUCGUCGUCGGUGACCCGUCGUGGGGCUGGAACUGCUAGAGCCACGACCGUUGCUGGACUGUUCGGAACGGCCGUCGUUGCCAUAAACCUGCUGUCGUCGACAACCGUCCUGGCCUGCCCGUCAUCGCAGACGGGAAGCAAUCCGCUGACAGCCGCCAGCGGCGGCGGCUCGGUGUACGAUUUCAGUGCCGUCGACAUCGAUGGAAAGCGGGUCGAACUGGGCGGGGAUCGCUACCGCGGUCACGUGCUGGUCAUUGUCAACGUAGCCUCCAAGUGUGGCUACACCGAUGGCCACUAUGCCGAACUAAACCAGCUGCUGGAUGAGUACGGAGAGAGCAAGGGACUUCGAAUUCUAGCCUUUCCGUGCAAUCAGUUUGGCAACCAGGAACCGGACAGUAAUGAGGAAAUCAAACGGUUUGCCCGCGAGAAGAAGGGAGCCCGGUUCGAUUUGUUUUCGAAAAUUUACGUCAACGGGGACGAAGCGCAUCCGCUGUGGAAGUUCCUCAAGCAGCGCCAGGGGGGAACACUGUUCGAUGCCAUCAAGUGGAACUUCACGAAGUUCAUCGUCGACAAGAACGGGCAACCGGUCGAGCGGCAUGGACCGCAAACCAGCCCGCUCGAGUUGAGAAAGAAUUUGGAGAAAUAUUUUUGA